CACCGCUUUUUUUUGUCUAAAAACCCAAAAUUAUUUCUUGGCGGCCAGCCCUCCUCUCUUCUCUCUUUCUCUCUCCUCUUUUCUUCUUCUCGAAGCCUCUCUCUCUCCCCUCCUUCCUAACUGAACCGCCAACUUUGAGAGGCUCGAGAUUUUCUCUCUCCUCUUCGCCGGAUCUCUUUCUUCAGUGACUGUGUGCAUUUCUGUGUGCAUAUCUUGAAGAGGUGCCAGAUCUCUAUUCAAUUUUUGUACUAUCCCCUUAUUAACUAUGGCAGCUAUUGGGACACCCUCAAGUGAUGCAGCAGAUUUGUUGCAGCAGCUAUCUCUGGAAUCUCAGACCAAAUCUCUUGACGCUCAUGAGCCUCCAAAAAAGUUUGGUUCAAUUGGUUCUCGCAAUGUUAUCAACAGUUUGGCAAAGCCAUAUGAGCGUUCUACCAUACCCAUCCAGGAUUAUGCCAACCUGAGCAUGUACUACCAGCAUAAUGGCUACCCCUCGGCUCCCUUCUUUUAUGGCUAUGAUGAUUCACUUAACAUGUGGAAUGAUUACAGAUACAUGAAUCAUGAUGGAGUUGAUAUGCACUCAGGCCUACAACAGCGACGAGUGAAUUCAGGGGUUGGUCAGGCUGCUGGGUACAUGAGCAGGUCACAUCUAAAUGAUCAAAUGUAUGGUCAUUUUGGAAACACUUAUCGAGGUGGUUCUGGAUUUGGGUUGAACUAUUACAAUCCCAAAUCAACUUGGAAUUCUUGGCGAACAGUUGAUAAUAAAUAUGCAUCUAAAGGACGUAACAAUGGAUUCUUUAGCUAUGGGAAUGAGAAUAAGGAUAGUCUGAAUGAGCUUAGCAAGGGGCCUAGAUCAAAGGAUGUGAAAACUCAGCUUGGUUUUGGAUCAGUUAAAUUGGCUGUGAAAGGGCAGGAUCUCACUUCGAAAGUAAAUAGCAAAGAAGAAACUAUCUCUACAGUUCCUGACAAGGAGCAGUAUAACAAAGAUGAUUUUUCUGAGACUUAUUCAGAUGCUAAGUUCUUUGUCAUCAAAUCGUAUAGUGAGGAUGAUGUCCAUAAAAGUAUUAAGUACAAUGUCUGGGCAAGUACUCCCAAUGGAAACAAAAAGCUGGAUGCAGCAUAUCAGGAAGCCAAAGGGAAGCCUGAAAGCUGCCCUGUGUUUUUGUUGUUUUCGGUAAAUGCUAGUGGGCAAUUUGUUGGCCUGGCAGAGAUGGUUGGUCCUGUUGAUUUCAACAAGAGCAUGGACUUUUGGCAACAGGACAAGUGGACUGGGUGCUUUCCUGUCAAGUGGCACAUAGUUAAGGAUGUCCCCAACAGUUUGUUGAAGCACAUUACACUUGAAAAUAAUGAUAACAAACCUGUUACAAAUAGCAGAGACACACAAGAGGUUAAACUUGAGCAGGGAGUUCAAGUACUUCAAAUUUUCAAGUCUCAUCUGACCAAGACUAGUAUUUUGGAUGACUUUGAGUUUUAUGAGGCACGACAAAAAGCUUUGCAGGACAAGAAGGCCAAGAGACUUCAAUUCCAGAAGCAGGUAAAGAAUGAGAACAGCUCUGGAGAUGUAGAUGUUGCUGCCAAAGUCCUCACUGAUGGAUCAGCAAACACAGCUGUACCCAACGGCCAGUUCAAGACGCAUCAAGAAUCUGCAGCUAGACCUCAAUCUUUUGCUGAUGUCACCAAAGGUGUCAAAGGAGAAAAGGCAGGUGCUGCUGCUGACGUUGCAUCAGCUUGAAUGUGCUUCAAUAAUCUCGACAUGGCUGGCAAAUCACAGGUUUUUGAUGGCAGAGUGAGAAUCCAGCAUAGUGCCUAGUUUUGAUCCAUAAGUUUUAGUUAGUUAUAGGUGCUCCUUUUCUUUGUUAUUGCGACUUUACCUUUUUUCUUUGAUUUUUUUCUUAUUGUGGGGGAGGGGGUUGAUAUGCAAGAUAUGGUUGUGUUAUCUUCUAUUUUUCAAUUUCUUUUUGAAUGUAGCCUUUUAGGGCAGAUAUUGAUUUGCGUUUUGUAGUAAAAGGGCUGUGUUUUGGUGGAUUUGGGAUAGUGGUAGCGUAGCUGCAUAGGACUUUCUGAGACCUAAGAGUGUGUAGUUUUAAUGAAAUUGAGUUUCUGUUUUCUGAGUAAUGGAGAUGGCGUAAACAAAGAUUGUGUCA